AUGUCUUCAGAUAUAGCUCCUUUAGAUUUAGAAUACUCAGGUGAUCUAUGGCGUCGACAAUGUUCAUCUACAACAACGUAUAAUGGCCGAUUGGGUCUGCGCAUAUCGUCAGUGCCUGUGGUAUUUGUCGCUUCACUAAUCGGAGUUAUGUUCCCUCUGGUAUCUUCACGAGUCAAGAAACUUAACAUGCCUCCGCUCGUUUACUUUUUUGCUAAAUACUUUGGAAGUGGUGUUAUCUUUGGCACAUCAUUUGUGCAUCUUCUUUACGAAGCAGUCACAUCAUUAUCUGAUAAAUGUCUACCGUUAGCAUUCCAUCAGUUCCCAUAUUCAAUUGGUAUUGCCCUGGUAAGCAUGUUUUUCACCUUCUGGAUUGAAAUCACAACGCGGUAUAUCAUUCGCAAGAGAAAUGGAGGCAAAGAUAUUCCUCAUACACAUGGGCCUUCAGGGUUAGCCCACCGUCACAGCCACAGUCAUGAUAAUGAACAAGAAGAAAAAAAGGAGGAGGAAAAUAGUUCUGAAGUUGAAUGUGACAAUAGUAGCAAUGAAGUCAUGUCAGAAACAAUAUACCCUGAAAACUUAUAUGAAGAACCAGACAAGAAAACAGAGAUCCACACGUUCCCAAUGGCUACUUCAACCAUCCCUAACCAAGAACUUCAAGCCAUGGAUGCGGAAACAAUUUUACGGCUUCAACGGUCUGCGACGGUCAAUGCUGAGGCCCGUCUUACUUCUCAGAUUGCAACCAUUUGUCUGCUAGAAUUUGGAGUUGUUUUCCAUUCUAUUUUUGUGGGUCUGACGCUGGCCGUUACCAACUUAUCGUUCCCAACACUUUAUGUUGUUAUUUGCUUCCAUCAAAUGUUUGAGGGUAUGGGUCUUGGGUCACGCUUAGCAGAAACUCCAUGGGGGAAAAAGAAUGAAUGGGUUCCUUGGACUUUUGCCAUUGCAUUUGCAUUGACUACGCCUAUUGGUAUUGCGAUUGGGUUGGGUGUGCGAAACACAUAUCCUCCAGGGUCUGCACACGCACUCAUUACAAAUGGUGUAUUUGAUAGUAUUUCUGCGGGUAUUUUGAUUUAUACAUCUUUGGUAGAGUUAAUGGGUGUAGAAUUUCUGUACUCGGAUGAGUUUCAAGAAGCUUCAUAUGGAACAAUCAUGCUGGCCUUUGGGUUUAUGUGUUUAGGCUGUGGGUUAAUGUCGAUGCUGGGAAGAUGGGCAUAG